GCUUUUCUGAUAGGGUUGCACUGCACAACAUCUAACACCUUCUAUGCAUACUGUAAUAAGAUUUUCAGACGAGUUGCAUUCUCAAUCCGGCAAAUUUUGUUCUCGCUAGCAAGUCAAAUUUCAGGCAAUUAAAUUUCAAGUAAUUUCAGCUUUUAUUUUCUUACUCGUGCUAGAUCUUCGUGUCAUCCGUAAAAGCAGUGUUAUUGUGCUGUAAUGGCGGUAAUUAAGAGGAGCUCGCUCUAGUUUUUUGUCUUUUUGUUUGAAACUUUGGAUUUCAUUUUGAUUACCGUUUGUGUCUGAUUUAUUAGUGAACUUCUGAGUUCUGAUUUGUUCAAUUGUGCACUUAUAAUUUUGAUCUUUCCUGUGCAAUAGUUACAAUAAUUCAGAAUGUAAGUUGCGAAUCAUGUUAAGAUUAAUUUGACGAUAAUAAGAAUCUGAAUCAUAAACCGGAGUAGUAUUUUCUACACCAGUUUUUGGACAGUCGAUCUGUCUCUCUUCCUAUCUCUCUAUAAUAAAUUUUUUAGGAUUGUUUGUGGACAAAUUCUUUCUAUUUCGUGAGAGGAAAUAAGGAUAGAAUUCAGUAAAUUUGAAGUAUUAAGUUUGAACUACAAUUUUCCUGGUAGGGACUCAGUGGAGCAAAACAGUUGAGAUUUGAAUCGAUGCAAUUUGUUCUCUGUGAAUUUUAGAAUUGGGUGAUUCUCCUACAUUGAUAUUAAUUAAUUAGUUAAAACUGAAAGUCGUUUUUUCAUAUUCUAAAAUUUAAAAAACCCAGCGCAGGCGUGUUUAUAAAUCACGUUUGAUGUUAUGAGCUUGAUCUAUAUUUGGAAUUAGACUUGUACGAAUUUCUCUUGCUAUACAGAGAUUUCCCACACUGCCACCCCUUGGAAUGGCAAAUCUUGGUGAAAAUUCCUUAAUGACAGGACUGCUAAGUCCUGCAUCUCAAAGGAAUCAAAAAGCCGAACCGAAGAGAAAAAGAAUUCGUCGAUGUAGAAGUGCUCCUUUGGCUGAAUUUGUUCCCGGUGAUUUGAAUGGAAAAAAUGAGGCUACAAUGCUUCCUCGUUCUGAAUCCUGUUUGGACAAGCUACAUCCCAGUUUCAAAAGAGUAGCCAUUUUCUUGACAUUCUACUUGGUUAUUGGUACUAUUUGCUUUUCCUUUGUUAUGGAGCAGAUCAAGGGAGAGAAAAUAAAUGAAGUCCUUGAUGCCGUUUACUUUUGCAUUGUCACAAUGACUACUGUUGGAUAUGGAGAUCUUGUGCCCAACAGUGUCGCCACAAAACUGCUAGCCUGCGCUUUUGUGUUCUCAGGGAUGGCUCUAGUUGGUCUAAUCCUUAGCAAAGGCGCAGACUACAUAGUAGAGAAGCAGGAAAUGCUUCUUAUCAAGGCAUUACGUAUGCGCCAGAAACUUGGUGCAGCUGAAAUUCUUAAGGAGUUGGAAACUAACAAAGUACGGUACAAAUGUUUAACAACGAUGGCUUUUCUUGUAGUGCUCAUUCUAGUUGGGACAGUCUUCCUUGUUACGGUUGAGAAAUUGGAUAUUGUCGAUGCCUUUUAUUGUGUCUGCUCUACCAUCACAACAUUGGGAUAUGGAGAUAAGAGCUUUUCGACCAAGGCAGGACGUGUCUUUGCUAUGUUUUGGAUUUUGACUAGCACUCUCUGUAUGGCUCAGUUCUUUUGUUACAUUGCCGAAUUUAACACAGAAAGCAGGCAGAAGGCUUUGGUUAAGUGGGUUCUUACCAGGAGAAUGACAAAUGUGGAUUUGGAGGCAGCAGAUCUCGACGACGAUGGGAUUGUAGGGGCUGCUGAAUUUGUCUUAUAUAAGCUAAAAGAAAUGGGGAAAAUUAAUCAAGAAGAUAUUUUGCUUGUAAUGGAAGAGUUUGAAAGCCUUGAUGUUGAUCAGUCUGGAACUUUGUCACCCUCUGAUUUAACGCUUGCACAAUCAGCUCAAACAUAGAGGUAAAGCUGCUGAGAUUCUACACUGUUCAGUAAUUAUAUAUAUAUAUAUAUAUAUAUAUAUAUAUAUUAAUGUUUGUGCUGGAAAAAUAGUAACACCUUUUGAGCCGUGUCCCAAAUUUCCUUGUAAAUUAAGUUAUAACUUAUUAAGAUUAUUCAUAUAAAAACAUAUAUGCUGUGAAUUGUGAUGACCUUGAGAGUUGAGAGAGCUAUGUCUUGUGGUAUGUUGUUAGGACAAACAGAUGAAUUUAUUAUUUUUUCCACCCGAAAAUCUGAUUUAACAAUAAAAAUAUAUGGA